AUGCAUCACGGGCACGAGGAGGUCCACUUCCCCACACGGCCCGUCGACAAGGACAAGGCCGAGGCCGAGCUCGUCGUGAACAUCAAGAAGGCCACAAGCCCGGACGAGACGGCCCCGAAGCAGAAACACGUCCGAAAGUGCAUCGUAUUCACUUGGGACUACCACUCUUCCAUCUCCUUCUGGUCCGGUCUGCGCGUGCAACCCAUACUGUCUGACGAAGUUCAGACGUUCAAGGGGCUUAUUACCGUGCACAAGGUCCUCCAGGAGGGUCACCCGAACACACUCAAGGAGGCUCACAGUCAGACCGGCUGGCUUGAGACAUGCGCCCGUACCACUGGUCAGGAUGCAGGUGGACGCGGUUAUGGUCCGCUCAUUCGCACAUAUGUACAGUUCCUGCUUUCGAAGUUACGCUUCCAUCGCCUUCGCCCGGAGUUCAAUGGCCUCUUUGAGUACGAGGAAUACAUCACACUCAAAGGCAUCGACGACCCGAAUGAAGGGUACGAGACGAUCUCGGACCUCAUGAACCUUCAAGACCAGAUCGACUCGUUCCAAAAGCUCGUCUUUGCCCAUUUCCGUCAUUCAGCAAACAAUGAAUGUAGGAUCUCGGCGCUCGUACCGCUUGUCAAAGAGAGCUGGGGGAUUUAUCGAUUCAUCACAAGCAUGAUGCGCGCUAUGCAUCGUCGUACGGACGAUGCCGAUGCGCUCGCUCCUCUGCGCGAACGUUACAAUGCCCAGCACUAUGGCCUGCGCAAGUUCUACUACGAGUGCUCCAACUUGAAGUACCUUACCGGUCUGAUCAACGUUCCCAAGCUUGGCCAGGAACCGCCCAACCUCUUUGAUAGCGGAGACGUGCCAGACCUUCCCGCACGGCCGAAGACCGCAAACCUGAAGCCGCCUACUCCCCCUCCGUCAGCACCUUCGCCCUCGAUCGACAUCAACGAACAAGCGCGGAUGCUCAAGCAGUAUGAGGAUCAGCAGGCUGCUUUGGUCGCGCAACGUCAAGCCGAAGAGGCUGAGCGGUUGCGCCAGCAGCAACAGGCACAGCUCGAGUUUGAGGCUCGCCAACGCGAGCAAGAGCAGGCUCAGCGGUUGGCACAAGAGCAGCUCCUGCAACAACAGGCGUUCCAGAUCAACAACCAGGCCCAGGCGGCCGCUGCACAGCUCGAGCAGGAGCUUCUAGCUAUGCGCGGACAGUAUGAACGUGACCAACUCAUGCUUGAGCAGUACGACAGGAGAGUCAGGGCUCUGGAAGGCGAACUGCAAGCCGUCACGGCGAACGUCGGCGCCCAGCUCAUGUCCAAGGACGAUUUGAUCAAGCAACUCCAAGACCAAGUACAACUCUGGCGGAACAAGUACGAGUCGCUUGCCAAGCUAUACAGCCAGCUGCGUACGGAGCACCUGGACAUGCUCUCCAAGUUCAAGCAGAUGCAGCUCAAGGCCAACUCGGCGCAGGAAGCGAUUGACCGCAUGGAGCGUAUGGAGCGCGACAUCAAGGCGAAGAACCUCGAGCUUGCGGAUAUGUUGCGCGAGCGCGAUCGUGCGCGGUUCGAAGUCGACCGGAUGAAGGCGUCGCACAAGGAUGAGAUCGACCGCUUGCGGCGCGAGAUUAACUAUGCGAAUGAGCGUGCGGAGGACGCGAGCAGGAGUAAGAGCUCAGAGGUUUCGAGUGUACUCGGCAAGUACAACCGACAGAUCAACGAGCUCGAGGAUUCGCUUCGUGCGAAGCAGCUCCAGAUCGAGGAUCUCCUCUCUAAGAUCGACGGUGCCGGGAGCGACGUCGAGCGAUUGCGAGAGGAAAAGGAUCAGGAGAUCGCAAUUCUUCAGGAGACGCUCGACGCCACGAUCCAACAGCUGUCUGAGGCACAACAGACCCAGGGCUUGACUGAGGAGGCAACGAACGUCCAGAUCGACACGCUUCUCUUGGACCAACGGAAGAAGCUCAACCAGAUCAUCGACUCCAUUCUCCAGGCUUGCGUACAGAAGGUGGAUGAGGCGAUCUACAACCUCGAGUCGCCGACACAGGUCGGAAAUCAGAACUCAACGCCCGAGUACACGCUGUCGGUCAUUGAGAAGGCUCUCGGCACCGCAACGGACCUCGCGACCGUCUUCAACCUCUACCUCGACGGUCAGGCCGGUGGCGAGCACGUGGAGGUCAUCAAGGCAGCCAAUGAGUUCGCACAGUCCAUGACGGAGACGCUCGGCGCGACCAAGGGUCUCACGCGCCUUGCUAACGACGACGAUGCGGCCGACAAGCUCAUCGGCGUCGCGCGCACAGCGGGAGACGUCGGCCUGCGCUUCUUCGAUGCGCUCCAGUCCUUCAGGAUUGACCCGCUCCCACGCAGCUCGCGUGGCAAUGUCGCGAUCACGCAGAACAGCAACGCGCGCAGUGCGCUCACGAAGCUCUCCGAGGCUGUGGAUGCGCUUAUCCCCAAGGGCAAAUCCGCGCUGGGCAAGGCUACAGGUGAUAUCGGCGACAUUGUCCAGCAGACCAUGAGCUCCGCCGCCGAGGCCAUCGCGAAGGCCACUCAAAGGCUCGAGGAACUCAUGAAUCGCCCGCGCGACACGUCCCGCUUCAGCGCCGGCGACUUGCAAGUGCACGACACGAUUCUGGCCGCCGCGCUCGGUAUCACCAGUGCGAUCGCGCUGCUCAUUCAGCGUGCAACCGAGAGUCAGCAGGAGAUCGUCGCGCAGGGCAAGGGUUCAGGCGGAAGCCAGCAGUUCUACAAGCGUAACUCACGCUGGACUGAGGGUCUCAUCUCCGCCGCACGCGCCGUCGCGUUCGCUACCAACACGCUCAUCGAAGCUGCUGAUGGUGUGCUGAGCGGCACGCACAGCCUCGAGCAGCUCAUCGUCGCGUCAAACGAGGUGGCCGCGAGCACCGCGCAGCUGGUCGCCGCCUCGCGCGUCAAAGCGAACUUGAUGAGCAAGACGCAGGAGAACCUCGAGCUGGCCGCGAAAGCCGUCACGGAUGCAUGCAAGGGUCUCGUCAGGCAGGUCCGCGCCAUCAGCGCGAAGCAAGUCGAGCAGGAGGACGUGGACUACGCCAGCAUGGCCACGCUUGAGUUCAAGCGCGCGGAGAUGGAGCAGCAGGUCGAGAUCUUGAAGUUGGAGAAGGAGCUGGGCGCUGCGAGGCAUAGGCUUGUUGUUGUGGCUUGGAUGGAAUGCGAUGGAUGCGCGCGCUAUGGCGCUAAAUGUUCGAUCGACUUCGGAGGCUUUUGA